AUGAGGCUCGAAGGAAUCUGCUUUACAAUACAAUUAGCAAUUCGGGCCAGCACAGCGAAGCCAAUCCACCCAGCUAGGGUUCAACCGGUGGUGAUGUUUGAUACAGUGCAGGAGAUUGCAAUUUACCUCCAUAGGUUUCACAACCUUGACCUUUUCCAUCAAGGAUGGUACCAAAUCAAAAUCACCAUGAGAUGGGAAGAGGACGAGCGGAUUCCUUGUGGAACCCCUUCAAGAGUUGUUCAGUAUGAAGCUCAUGAUCUUGGUUCUGAUGAAGCACAUGGCAUAUGGAGAAUUGACGACAAAGAAAAUAGUUUUUUCACACAACCUUUCUGGAUCAAAUAUGCAAGACAGGAUAUUCGUUUAUGCAUGAUGGUCUCAUUCAAUAUACCACUUGAUAAAUAUCAGGGUCGAUCAACUUCUGCUGUUAUUUUGAAGUUUGAGCUGAUGUAUGCUUCUGCUAUGGAUAACAUGUUAUUGGGUUCUCUAGAAGCCUGUCCUGCUUCUGUCCAUGAAUUCCGGAUUCCUCCAAAAGCUCUUCUGGGAGUGCAUUCUUAUUGCCCUGUCCACUUUGAUGCAUAUCAUGCUGUGCUCUUUGAUUUAAGUGUUCAUGUUACUCUUCUGAAAUCUGCUUCUUACACACAGUUAGAGAAGGUACCCAGUGAUUCUUCUGAAGCUGAAGACAGUAAUGGUGACACUGUUGAUGGUUCUAAUCAUGCACCGGGUCGGGGGGCUUCUCUUGAUAGGAAACGGGUAAUGUGUGUGAAAGCAUUACUAGAUGCGCGCAACACUUUGCUUGAAGAGCUACAAAAACUAAGCAAUGCUCUUGAUCAUGCUAUUGACUUGUCUGCAUUUAUAUCCCAAAUGAAUGAAAUGUUUGUUUCAGUUCUUCCACCAAAUCUGGCUGCCCAACUUGGUGAAGUCUCAGGACAAGGCAAGCCACAAAACAGUCUUGAGAGAGAAAGUGGCACACUAGAUUUUCCAAGUGAUCUUAUUCUCCACAGGUUGUCAAAAGAUGAUCUCUUCAACAUAUUUCAUUUAUUGGGGGGACAGAAUUUAUAUUUAUGGAACACUUUUCUGACGUUCCACAGGGACAACAAAUCAAAAAUUAUGGGAUAUCUCCGUGAUGUUUGGGCUAGAGAUAGAAGAGCUGAAUGGUCAAUCUGGAUGGUCUACUCUAAGGUUGAAAUGCCUCAUCAUUAUAUAAAUAGUGGGGCUGAUGAGUCUUCUCACCGAGGCAUGCACAGAAGAGUUUCAAGUCUGUGGAAAAUAAAUGAUCCUGCUCAGGCCGCAACUAUGCGUGCAGAACUCCACCGGCGAAGUAUUGCACAAAUGAAGAUCAAUAAUCGGUCAGUACAAGACAUGCAUGUAUUUGGAGAUCCUUCACGAAUUCCCAUUGUGAUUAUGGAACGUGUCCUGAAUGCACCAAGACGUACUUUCAGUGAAAAUUCAUACUUCAGACAUUUGGACCUGGUAGAUUCAAGUUUGCUAACUGGACCAGGUCCUGAGAGUGGAAAAAAGCAAUCUGGAUCCAGUAAACAACAAACUGGUCGAGAAUUGAAGAUUGUUGUUUUUGUGCAUGGAUUUCAGGGGCAUCACCUGGAUUUACGGCUUGUUCGAAACCAGUGGCUUUUGAUUGAUCCAAAGAUAGAGUUCCUCAUGUCAGAGGUAAAUGAGGAUAAGACAUAUGGGGACUUCAGAGAAAUGGGACAAAGACUUGCUCAGGAGGUGAUUUCUUUUAUGAAAAGGAAAAUGGAUAAAUUUUCAAGGACCGGACGUUUAAGGAAUAUCAAGCUGAGUUUUGUUGGGCAUUCUAUUGGAAAUGUCAUAAUUAGAGCAGCUUUAGUUGACAAUGCUAUGGAGCCGUAUCUAAGAUUCCUGUAUACAUAUAUAUCACUAUCUGGUCCACACUUGGGUUAUCUUUACAGUUCAAAUUCUUUAUUUAAUUCGGGGCUCUGGCUCUUGAAGAAGCUCAAGGGUACACAAUGCAUUCAUCAGCUGACCCUCACCGAUGAUCCAGAUCUCAGGAAAACUUUCUUCUACACACUUUGCAAGCAGAAGACACUGGAAAAUUUUAAGCAUAUAAUUCUUGUCUCAUCACCUCAGGUAUUCCUUCUCAUUCUUUGGAUUCAUCUAAUGUAAAGGCUUUUUAAACUGCUAGAAGUAAUUUAAGAGGGUUCAUAAUGGCUGAAUCUUCUGUUCUAUCCUUUUUCUGCUUCGCCCUUUUUGGUGCAAGGGGCCUAACAGAAACUAGACAAAUUCAAAGUUGAGUUGUUCCCAGGUUUUACAAGCUCUUGUGGUCUUGGUGGGAGUGAAUAAUUCAAACACUUUGGGAGUGCCUUCAUAUCAUUUGAUUGUUUGAACCAUGGAAAAUGCCACCAUACCUUUGAGAUAGCUUCCCUUAAUUAAGAGUGAAUUUAUAAAAUGAAAAAACA